GCUGCGCACCCUGGGAGCGCGUCCGCGUCGUCAUGGCGACGCUGGGAGCUGGUGCCGGCGCUCGCCGAAUCCUACUUGGGAACCUUCUCCAGUGUGAGCGACUUCAGGGGUGUCUCAAAGGCGGCCGAGAGCCAAAGCCGAGCUGCGAGGCGGCCGGAGCCCCGGGCAAGUGAAGAAGUGAAGCCAAAAGAAAUGACCUUUGGCUCCGGAAGGAAGACUCAUUUUUCUUGAUAAAAUGGCAGCAGUGAAAACUCCCGGCCAAGAACUAAAGAAUGUGGAAGAAACCUUCAAUAAUGAAAUGCCCCUCCUUUUGAAGAGCCUAGUAGAGGAGCCCAAGAAAAGGGAAGUGCCGAAUCACCUCCUCGAAUCAAAGACUUAUGCCAACCUUCUGAAUAAUAAGGCAAUACAGGCAAGACCUGGCAUCGUGCAUUUUGGAGGCUAUCAGAUCGAAAAACAGCACCAACAAAGUCUGCUCCUGGUCAACAUUUCUGAUGAGGACACACAUGUUCAUAUUUUACCUCCACAAACCAAAUACUUUCAGAUCAGCUAUGUGAAGAAGGAAAACCACCUCAUCCCUGGCUUGUCCCUCACAGUCACCAUUACAUUUUAUCCAGAUGAGUGGCGAUACUAUUAUGACUGCAUCCGUGUUCACUGUAAGGGAGAUGACACUUUGCUUGUUCCUAUCCAUGCCUAUCCUGUCAUGAACACCCUGGAUUUUCCCACAUUCAUAAAUCUAUCCAAUGUUCUCCUUGGUAAGAGCAAGACAUAUGUUAUUCCUUUGCAGUGCAGCUGCCCCGUGGAUUUCGAGUUCCAGGUCACUUUGAUCCAGUCUCACCAAGCCUUUGUUAUUGAGCCAACAUCAGGAAUAAUUCCAGCUAAUGGGAGGAUGGAUGUGACUAUAAAGUUCACACCCUUUCAGUAUGGCACUGCACAAAUAAAAAUGCAGUUAUGGAUUUCACAGUUCAACUCUCAGCCAUACGAAUGUGUCUUCACUGGAACGUGCUAUCCCAACCUGGCCUUACCAUUAAAAGAAUUUGAAAAAUUAAAUACUCUUUGUAAGAACGUAGAUGUUCCUCCAGAAAAAGCAAUGAGACGUGUAAGUUUUCACCGACUACCAAAAAAGAGAAUCCCUCCGAAGGUGAAGGAAAUUGAGUACCAGAAUCUGAGAUUCCCAGUAGAUUUAUCAAAUCCAUUUGCUGUGGCAACUGUUUUAAACCAAGAACCGGGAAAACUGAGGAUUAAAGAAUUAAGAGAAGUGUUGGACCAAGGCACUGAGAUUUCAAAAACAAGACAGAUGAAGGAGGCACUCUUUGAACAGAAAGUCAGACAAGACACUUAUGAAGAGAUGGAAAAUCACCUUAAAUGGCAGGUGCACCUCGGUAAAGAUCAUAUGUCUUUUAAAUUGAGAAAGGAGCUUACUGAGGAGCAGCAAAGAAUAUACACCAACUACAAGCUACAGAGAGGAGACCCUGUACCGGAAGAGGAAUUUCAGCGACUCAAGACCGAAGUUAACCAUAAACGGGUUGUUCGCAGUUUAGAAGAGAAUAGCAUACAUUUGCAGCCUAAUUUUGAUCCACUUGUCAAUAAUAAUUGGAUCGACAGGUUCAGGGCACAAAGACGGUUUCAACAAGCAGCACGCAAGAUCAUGCUUCAUCGACGGUUACUCAAAAUACUAGCUGCGAUGCAUAAAAUAGACAGAGAGAGCUUAUUAAGCAAGCUCUAUCCAGUAAAGCAAUCGUUGGUACAAGACAAGCAUCUCUGCAAGAACCUCCAGUCAGGGACCAGCCAGGAGGACUGCUCUCACCAUUUCUCAGUGUCAGCCAAGGAAGUGCUGCCCUUCGCCUUCCCAUCCUAUGAUCCUCCCCAGGACUCCAACGAGCUGGCUCCUGGUGGCCUUGGACUGGUCCCAAUUAAGCCUUUGGAUGUUCAAAUCAAACAGAGUUAUUCCUUCUUCAAUUUGCAGGUUCCUCAGCUGUACAAAAUUAAGGGUUACCAGCCAUUCUCUGUCCACAAGUCUUCAACAAGUUACAAACCUCAAAAGCUCGCACGGCCCUUGAAGCAAGGAGCUGAGGAUGAAGUUACCACCAUCAUAGUGCUGCCAAAACAGGACUCAGCGUCUCCACUCUCUGGCAAGCCUUCAGUCUUGAGUAUGAAGCCUCCUGAGAGCUUAGCUGUGUCCCCAGACUAUGACCCGCUUUACAUCUUUAAUCCCAACCCGGGCUUGUUUGCGGUGAAGCACCCUCUGACCUACACAGAAACGUUGAUAGAUUACCAUCUGUGCACUCACCCCAAGUACAAGUUCACCCACGAGUUGCACCAUGGGUCCAGCAUUCCUCUCACCCAGAAGCAGUUUCUCCAUCACACGGACAUUAUUCCUGGAAUCAUGCACUGGAAGAGGUUCCAGUCCCUGGCGCUCACAGCCCUGCCUGACCCUGCUAAGUUAGAGACCACCCACAGCUGUGACUCCUAUAACCCAGUCAUGCUUCCUGUGGACAUCCCUGCUCCACUGGACGCCUUACCAGAAGAAGACACACUGGAAACUAUUGAAUGUGAGCCCUGUGAACGCAGUACAGAAGUUAUAUUGACUCCAGAAAUGAUCCAAGCAGAAUUCUUUAUGUUGGACCACAAGGACACCAAGCAGAAAGAAGUGAAAGACCAAGCACAACCAGCAGAGAAAGCAGGAGAAAAGGUGACUGAGGAAAUGAAGACCCUGCAGAGCAAAGCUCUCAACACGUACCUGAUAAUAGAAUAAAAAUCACGGAGUAUGAUGGCAACGUCAGAAGCUUCUUGGUGCAAGAUUUAGUGCUGGAACAAUGCCUUUCUGAGCAAGAUGUGAGCCACUGUG